UUCUUGGUCUUACUCAAAAACUGCUUUGCUCUCCAGGUACGAGUAUUGCAGCCAGGGGUAGCUACAAGCUCGUGUGGGCCAGUCAGCUCUCCAACCAUUAAAUUACUCAAUCAUCAUGCCAGAUAAUCCUGUAAUGCAUAUCACUCAUAGCCACCCAAUCUGGCGCAGUAGCGACAAUUCAAAACCCUGACCCCACAGUGAGUGGGUCAUAGUGGGUCGUCCCAAACACGGUGAAUCUUCUAUAGUCCAAUGUUUUUGGACAACGUGUGAGCCAAGGAGGUGCCAAGCCCGUGAUUUACUCUCUUGCGUGUAAAAAUGGAUCAUUCAUGUCAGCGGGGACUCCCAUAAUGAAUCCACGAGUGGCUGAUGAUAGCCCUGCGAUGCUGUAAACAUGCAAGGAGGGGUAGACCCUGAGGCGUUACCAAACUUGAACAUCAGACUACAAAAGACACAUAUAUCUAUCCUAUCCUCUCCUUUCACUUCCUUUUUCAUAUCACUCAACUUUCAAUCACUUUUCACAUACAUUUCACAACACAAACCAAAACCACACCUCAAACAUAAUGUCUUUCCAUCUCUCUGCCGAAGAUAUCCGCGUCGAGGAUAACCACAUCCUCAGAGCCCGUCUCAGAAAGGAGGACGGCGAAUGGGUGGAUGCUGAGCUGGAUCUCAAUGAGUACAUUGGAAACGAAAAUGGUAUGAUCCACUGGGAUGGUCAGAGUACGUAUAUAAUACACAACAAUCUCUCGUCCUUCAAUCAACAUCUAACCUCUCAAUUAGACUUCUCCCUCAGCGCCGAGGACGUCACAUUCCACAUUGAAGGUGGUGCACAAGUCCCAGUUCUCCGCACCCAUCUCCGCAGCAGGGAGGGUGAGGCGUACAGCCGUGAUGUCAACCUUGCUGAGCGUAUUGGAAACAACGACGGACGAUUUGAAUAUAGUAUGUAUCCCCUUAGCAAUGUGGAUUUGUGAAAUAAUCUAACACCUGAUUAGUUUAAAUGUUAUAUACUUUAGCUAGUGCAGUCUAAAGAAUCAAAAUAUCCUUCCAAGCAUCAUGACUCCCUAUUUGAUGAACUGCUGCCUUGGCUGUGUAAAUGAAUAUUGUUUGCUAUAGUCUUUGUGCAUUGAUAUCUUAGUGGCUCAGACCAUUUCAAUCCGUAUGCUUUGGUUAUAUUCCAUACGAUGCUUGCCGAUUAUAUCUACCUCUAAUAGUCUCAUUCAAAGAGGCUGAUUGAUACUUUGACAACACAUCUCAAUUGUCCUCAGAUAUUUGCGAGUGCUUUACAGUUUUUCAUUUGCCCACCUGCCUAUUGAAGUUUCUGGUUACG